CAUCAUCUUUUCAUAUGGAAGGGCAAAAUGCAAGAUCAACAACAGGCUGUGAGGCACCGUGGUACCACAGGUGGUCUUGGAGCAACCCAUCAAAUCCUUGCGGCGGAUUUGAUAUUGCAACUGACGAAACCGCUCGUUUAAUCCCACCGCCUUACGUCGUCAAUUUUCUUCAAAACACCGACAGCAAUCAAAAUUAUCGCACGUGCAGAUGGGAGCAAUAUUCUCAGCAAGAUGCAACAGAUUGUCAUCUGAUAAUCGAGCAACUGAAUGGAAAAGGAGACGAGAAGCCUUUGAGCAAACCUGAAGAUUUAUUAUUCGAAAAUAAUCAAGAUCGCCGUGUUACGACAAACACGGGGACAAUGUUUCGCACUUGGGAGAUGCCUCAUUUGCAGAAUAUAGACCUCGAGUAUGAGAGCAAGUAUCAAUCUUGGCAGGAUUCGCAACAUAAUGAGAAUCAUGCGAAUUCGUUGUUUGGAGAAAAUACACGUUCGCACCAACGAGAACGAGAAACAACGAAAAGAACAAGCGAUAAGCCGCGGAAAGAGAGAACUGCGUUUACAAAGCAACAGGUCCGACAUCUUGAAUGCGAAUUCGCACAUAGUAAUUAUUUGACACGUUUGCGACGCUAUGAAAUUGCUGUAGCAUUGGAUUUAACAGAACGUCAGGUGAAAGUGUGGUUUCAGAAUAGACGUAUGAAAUGGAAACGGACGAAAGGAAACACGGCGAACGUACAAGAAGCAACCACUGUAUCGUGACAUAUAUUCUCGAGUUCGUUAUUCAAUAUAUUUAGAUUUUAAUUGUAUAUAAUUUAUAUUUGUGACGAUUGUGACGUAAAGAAUUGCGCGUUUACUCUCUGUACCAAAGAUUCGAGUUUAUAUUCAUCCAGAAGACAUAACGGAUUUUAUUUGAGCCAAUAUCUCUUAGAAAGUAAUGAUAAACUAUCGAUAGUAUCUUUACCAUACCAAUCUCUUCUGAUAAAUCAUUCGAAUAGCAGCUUAAAACUGUAGGUCCCAUAGAUAUGCAGAAGAGAUUGUCACAUUUCUGACAAUUAAGAACCUACAGACUUGUUUUUGGAGAAAAAAUAAUUUAUA